AUGUUUUUAUUUAAUAAUUUAAAUAAUGUGAAGACUUUGAAGGAAAGAAAUUGGCAAACAAUUAUAUACAAACAAAUUCCUUUGUUUCUAUAUAUUAAUGAACCUGAACAAGAAUUUGCUAUUAGACUAAUUAAAAAAGGUUUUAGUUUUUUAAUUUUUUGUGGGAGGGGGGGGGGUUUAAUAUUUUUCUAA